AUGAAGUUGCGCUCUCGAAGAGGACUUAUAUUCAAUCUACCCAACAUGGGCACGUGCGGCUCACUCGCUGCUAAAGAUGAAGUUCUACCUCCAACUCAAGUUCGAACUAACUAUGGAAUCAUCGAAGGAAAACGUUUCAUAACCAAAUCCGGCUUUCAAUCCGAUUGCUUUUUGGGAAUCCCAUACGCAGCUCCUCCAGUUGGUCCACGCAGAUUCAAGAAACCAGAACCACCUGAGGCUUGGGACGGUGUUAAGAAAUGCAAAAGAUUUGGUCCUCGUUCCGUACAAAACGAUAUGUUCUGGGACAAGUUCACUUGCAUGGUUCCUCAAAGUGAGGAUUGCCUUUAUCUCAACGUUUUUGCUCCAGCAAUCGAUACAAACAAGAAAUAUCCGGUGAUGUUUUAUAUCCACGGCGGUGGUUUCAUGAUGGAUUCAGCCGUUCGUUAUACUCCUCGAAACGUUUCAAGAUUGCUUGUCUCUCGCGGCAUCGUUGUUGUGACCAUUCAAUACAGAUUAGGGUAUCUGGGAUACUUCUGUACUGGAGAUGAUGCCUCUAAGGGCAACUAUGGAUUGUGGGAUCAAUACUAUGCUUUGAAAUGGGCAAAAGAGAACAUCCAUUACUUUGGUGGUGAUCCUGAUCAAAUCACUGUUGCCGGCCAAAGCGCUGGAGGAGUUUCAACCGAUCUCCUUUCCAUGUCUCCGCUAUCAAGAGAUAUGUUCAAAAGAAAAAUAGUAAUGGGAGGAAGUUCUUUCUGUCACUGGUCCGUUGCGAAGACGGAAGAGAUAUCCGAGUUCUGCAAGAGAAAAGCUCAAAAGCUAGGCUGGAAGCCUAGAAAAGAAGGAUACAAGAGUUCCUUAGAAGAACACGAACACAUGAUGAGCUAUUUAAGAAAACUUCCAGCUUCUAAAUUUGGUACUCAUCUGAUCGGAAGUCGAGAAGUUUUCGAAGAUGCUCGUCUCCCACUGGCCCCAGUUGUUGAUGGAGAAAUUCUUCCAGCACGUCCCGCUAAGUUAAGGCUCGAUGCACCCAAAAUGGAUUCUAUCUGUGGCGUUGGGGAACAAGAGUCAUUACUAUUUAUUGCUUUGGGAGCAAUGAGAUGCAACGGAAAAGAUAUCGACCGUGUUCUACAAGCUUUGUCCCGAAGGGCUCACAACCUACCUCGUAAAGAAGUGGAAGAUACUGUUCGUGAGAUCUAUGGUGAUUCCAUUUUGACAAGGCGAAUGAAAAAAGUUCGAAAAGAAAUUUUUGUCAACCUGUUGUCUGAUAUCAUUUCCAACUAUGCCUGUUACCAGUAUAUGAAGGACAGCCAAUCGAAUGAUAAAAACUGCUAUUCAUACUCUUUCGAUUAUACAAGUCGACGAAUGUGGGGAUGGCUAGCAACUAUAAUCCCAUUCAUGGCUGGAACUCAUUCAUCUGAGUUAAUUUACCUUUUUGAUUGCAACUACUUUUCUGCUCCUUUGCCCAUGAAUUCCACCGAUCAAUCUGUCAGCAACCAGACAUCUUCGUGGUUCGCGGAAUUCGUCAAACAUGGGAAUCCAAAUCAUCCAGAAUCCGAUCAAAAGUCUGUUCCUCAUUGGGACCCAAUCGCUAAAGAUGGUGAACUAGAAAUGUUCAGCAUUUCUGAUAAACCACAUAUGAAGAAGAAGCUUUUCGGCGAUCGAAUGCUUAAGCUAGAUGGAAUCUUACCCAGCCUUACGAUAUACAAUAACAGAUCUGAUAGAAACACUGGUCGAUAA